AUGUCAUGGUUCUGGUCGCGGAAGGUAUGCGUCGGAGGCAGUAGCGGCGUAGCUAACGCGCGUGAUACGCAGGAUGUGCGCCUGGCGCAGGCCGCCAAGGACGGUAACCUCUAUGACGUGACCAAGCUGCUCGACGCCGGCCUCGACCCCAACAGCUUUGACGAGGAAGGUCAUUCGCCGCUGUACCUGGCGGCGGCCAAGGGCCAUUACGCAGUCGCCUCCGUGCUCUUGCAGGCGCGCGCCGACAUCAACCGAAGCGAUCGCGUGGGCCAGACGCCGCUGCUGAUUGCAGCCUGGUAUGGCCACGACAAGGUCGUUGCGAUCUUAUUGCAGGCCCGCGCGGACGUCAACAAGGGCCGACGGGACGGAUGGACCCCGCUGCACAUCGCGUCCUUCAACGGCCACGCCGCUGUCGUCAGCCUGCUGCUCCAAGCCCGCGCCGACAUCAACCGGAUCAGCAAGGUGGGGCAGACGCCGCUGCACAUUGCCGCCUGGAACGGCCACGACAGUGUCGUCCAGCUCCUUCUUCAUGCGCGCGCCGACGUCAACAAGAACGACAAGGCAGGAUGGACGCCCUUGUACGUGGCCUCGGAGAAGGGCCACGUCGCCGUUGUCGCGUUGCUGAUCGCAGCCCACGCGCGAGUCGACCAGCGAAGGGGGUGCGAUGCGUGGACGCCGCUGCACGUCGCAGCCUGUAAUGGGUACGCGGCUGUCGUAUCGCUCCUGCUGCAGGCGAGCGCCGAUGUCAACAGCACGAGCAAGGCAGGAUGGACGCCUUUGCACUUGGCAGCUGUCAAGGGCCACGCUGCAGUGGUGUCGCUGCUGCUGGGCGCCAACGCCAACGUCAACCAAACCGAUCAUGAAGGACAGACACCGCUGCACAUCGCAGCCGAGAAGGGCCACGCGCCCUUGGUGACCCUCCUCCUCGAAGCCGACGCCGACAUCAACAUCAAGUCCAGGGGAGGCAUGACGCCUCUCUGCAUGGCCGCCUUCAACGGCCAAGAAGCCAUUACCAGCAUGCUCUUAUCGUGCAACGCGGAUGUCAACCUCCCGGGCACUGACGGGCAGAGUCCGCUGCUACUGGCCGUGACCGCGGGCCACAAGGGCAUUGUCGGCAUGCUGCUCGUGGCGGGUGCCGACGUCAACGGUGCCAACGCGCAUGGCUACACGCCGCUCGCGCGCGCAACAAUGAACGGCGAUAGCGUGCUUGUCGAGAUGCUGUUGGCUGGCGGGGCCGAUGUCAACCAAACCGACAAGGACGGACGGACAGCGAUUUUUGUGGCCAGCUCCAAAGGCGACGAUCCAAUGGUCGACCUCCUCCUCGAAGCGCACGCGGACGUGACGAUCGCGAACAAGGCUUGCGAGUCGCCCUUGCAGGUCGCCAUCAAGCACGGCUACCGUAAAAUCGCCCAAAAACUCCACAGCAUUCUCGUCCUCGAGGCGCCCAAGAUCGAGCUCGACGAGAUCGAGCUCUUGUCCGAGCAGCCGAUUGGUCGCGGCGGCCAAGGCAUCGUAUACAAGGGGCUCUACAAAACAACCGAAGUCGCGAUCAAGACGGUCUUUGACAAGGAAGGUAUUGCGGCGCUGGAGAUUGAGAUUGAAAACAUCAUUCGGUGCAAUUCGCCGUACAUUAUCAAGCUUCUCGCGGCCUACGGCCUCCACACGAACGAACCCAAGAUGGUGCUCGAGUAUAUGAACAGCGGCAACCUUCGGCACUACCUUAACCGCAAGCGCGACGGUCUUCCGGUCGCGCUCGAGUUUUCGACGCUGCAGAUCGCAUGGGUCAUUGCAAAUGCAAUCUGCGAUCUCCACGAGAAAAACCUGCUGCAUCGGGAUUUGAAGUCGGACAACGUGCUCUUGUGCUCAAAAAACUACAUCAAGCUCGCCGACCUGGGCAUCUCGCGGCAGUACGACAUCCACACGAUGACGUCGGCGGUCGGCACGUGGCACUGGAUCGCGCCCGAGGUGUUCGACGGCGGCCACUACGACUUCUCCGCCGACGUCUACUCGUUCGGCGUCAUCCUCACGGAGCUCGAGACGUACCAGCGGCCGUACUGGAACGUGCAUCUCGGGCAGAUGACACUCAUCGAUCAAGUGCGCAACGGCGUGCUCCGGCCAACGCUCUCGGCCAAGUGCGACGAGUGGUACCGCCAGCUCACGGAAGCGUGCUUACGCCACGACCCAGCGUCGCGCCCCAAGGCCAAGGAGAUCGUCAAGUGCCUCGAAGGCCAGAUUGCGCAGUCGCGGAAAUUUAUAGACAGAAGUUGGGAGACCGCGUCGUUCGCGGCCAUGACUAUGGUGCCGCUCGCCAAUCUCGCGCGCGCGGCCUAA